AUGUUGGAUAUGUCUGUUCCCCAUUAUCUUUGGGGGCAUGCUGUUUUAUAUGCUGCAUAUUUGAUUAAUCGUACUCCUAGCCGGGUACUUGAUUUCAAGACUCCACAUGAUGUGUUUGGUGACCAUGUUUCUCUUAUCUCAGUCUCCAAGUUGCCUCUUAAAAUUUUUGGGUGUGUUGCCUAUGUUCAUGUGCCUAUGUUUAUGUAUACUCUCAUCAACGGAGUAAACUUGAUCCUUGUUCUCUGCGAUAUGUCUUUAUUGGUUACUCGUCUACUCAGAAAGGGGGAGAGAGGGAGUAAUUUGGAGAGUCUUGGAUUGGAGAAUAAUGUGUUUGAAGAUACUGCUUUUGGGAAGGAAACGCCCUGUCGCACUGAAGCAAGUGACAUGUCACCCAUAUCUGAAGAUGAAACUUGUGGUCCUUGUGAAGAAACGACUGAUCGCCAUUUGGAACUUGAUCAGUUGCCCAUAUCUGGAGAUGAAGCAGGUGCUCUCGGUGUCGAAACGACCGGCCACACUGAAGCAAGUGACCAGUCGCUUGUAUAUGAAAAUAAUGACAAUGAUUCUUGUAUGGAUGAGUUCGAUGCAAUACCUCAUCUGCACUGCCAGUGCCCUAAUCUACUCGUGAUAGUGAAUCAAGUGAGAUUGGUUUUUACUUUGAAGCAUAAAGCUGAUGGUUCCAUUGACCGUUACAAGUCUAGAUUGGUAGCAAAAUGUUAUACUCAGACCUAUGGAGUGGAUUAUUUGGAGACCUUUGCUCCAGUGGCAAAGCUCAAUACAGUGCGUGAGGAGAUUUACAUGGAUCUCCCUUCUGGUAUUCCUGUAACCUCUAAGGAGGGUGUUGUGUGUAAGUUGCGGAAGUCUUUAUAUGGAUUGAAGCAGUCUCCAAUAGCGUAG